CAAGUGUGAGUUGACUAAGUCUAUGUGGGAGCUGUGAGAUUGCUGUCUCCUCAUAGAUCAUCUAGUGUGCGUUCUCCCUGUGGAAUUUCUAAACUUUCUUGUUUCCGAGUAUAGAAAAUGCUCUCUAGGAAGAUAUCCUCUUGAAAGCUUUCGGAAGGUUCUUUGUUGUGACUGAAUCAUCCUGGAUGAUGACUAACGAGAGUCUGGUCAACGUGACGAGGCCGCCACAGCAGAUGUUGUACAUCGUCCAGGAGUUCACCAACCAAACGUUCUGGUUCUCGCCCAGCACUGUGAUAGCACUGGUCAUCUCCUACUGUGUUCUUAUUGUAGCCGGACUUGCUGCUAACAUUAUAGUCAUUAUUGUCAUCUGUCAGAAGAAGACUUUACGGAGCACCAGAAAUAUCUACAUCUUAAACUUGUCCGUGUGUGACGUCAUCAUGUGUUCUGUAUGCAUGCCCUUUUCUCUGGUGAAGUUGACCCUCAAGAAGUGGACCAUGGGCUCAGUUAUGUGCAGGAUUGUACCAGCACUGGCCACAAUCGACGUCCUAGUCUCUACGUUGACUAUCAUCGUAAUAGCUCUUGACCGCUAUUUGGCCAUCGUCCAUACGUCCCAGGUGACCACACGUCAUGUCGUGUCAGCGCUUCUCAUCAUCUGGACACUGGCCAUCUUACUGUCAACUCCACUUUUUUGUUUUCACAAGAUCGACACGCAGGAGCUCUUCCAACAUGUCUUUGUCCAGCAGUGUAUCGACCACUGGCCAGACGAACUGUUCCGGGAGGUGUAUACAACAGUCGUGAUGUUGAUACAGUACCUAACGCCUACUUGUUUCAUCUCGUGCCUUCACGCGAGAAUCUGCAACUUCUUGCGGUACAGACUGGAAGAACGUCCUGGUAGCGACACUCAGAUUCAGACCAAGGCGAGGGAAGACCUGAAGAGACACCGUCGGAACAUGGUCCUGCUGACAGCCAUGGCCAUGGUCUUCUCAGUCACGUGGCUUCCGCUAACGCUCCUGAAUAUUACAGCAGACUUGGGACAUGAGGUUUUCCAAGAGAGCCAAUACAAUUUGCUACACGCCAUAAGUCUUCUCUUGGCCAUGUCAUCAUCUCUCGCGAACCCGGUGAUGUAUGGUUGGUUUAACACGAAUUUCAGGAAAGCUUUCUGUGAGUUGCUGGGCUUCCCAGAACGUAGCGGGGACGUGAAGGUGUCGAGCAAUGACAAGAAAAACUCCACCUCAAGGAACAAGUUCAGAAAUCAGUCAAAGUCUAAUUCGUUCAACCUCGACUACUCCUCGGUCAGACUCAAAAUGUUCAAAAAAUGUCACGCGACUGGAACGAACGUUAAUCGGCACAGUUUAAACGACUUGCCGAGCCCUCGUGCCGUGGUCAAUGACAACGUUGUGCCUGAGAAAUCCGAGAAAAUGUACGCCAGCCUUCAGGAUGUGUCCAACUAUAAUCACAAUGACGUCAUCAUGUCUUCUUUGGAGCCAAAGUUGAAGGCGAAUAAGCAAGCGGCUCUGCGAAGCACGGAGAGAGACUCCUUAUUGCAACAAAGCCCAAAGUUGCAAGCCUACGAGCCUUACACUGAACAAUCUUCGUGUAGGCGUGAUAGUUCUAAAUCUGUCGAUGAACUCGGCUGGGCGAGGUGUUCCCCAGAUGAAAAGGAUGUCUGUAUUCAUCUUCUAAAUGUUGUGGUAGAAGUGUCCCCUGAGACGUAUCUGUGUCAACAGGCUGAGAAUUCCAACGUCUUAGCUUCUGACGAGAAAUGAAUUUUCGGAGGAGAAUCGAAUGUAUAUAGAUCUAAGUGCUACCUUUUGACUCCGUAAUAUAGAUUUUUUUAUUGUUUCGUUUAUCAGAUGAAAUUAGAACACUUUGACUUAAGUAGAAACUUUUAAACAAAAACAAUGUGUUCAUCGGCUAGAUGACUAGAAUGUAGAACAGUAUCACGCCGAAGAGUGUCACAUCAUUAUAAAGUAAACACAAAUCACUUGAGAUACAUCAUUUACCAUUGAUAUGACAGUAGUCAGAACAACAGAUCUUAUUGCUACUAGUGCUAGUGUACGUCUGGUUAACAACAAUCAUCACGCCAUUGCCAAUGAACAUUAUUAUGUUUCUGUUGACUUUCAGUGUUUGCUUUUCUUUCGACACGUGCUUCAAUGUUCAAUUUUAUUUCAAAACUCGUGUUGCUAAGAUACGCACAGAUUUCGUAAGCCUAUCUAUUGUGUUUGCAUUUUCUUUCUGAAUUCCUUGGAUUAUCUGCUUUGUAUUCAUCCAGUCUCAACAAAUGUAAUGUCUUUUUCGGUAACUACCUCGAACUCUAGGAAGUGUUCUAUAGCAUUAAAGUGUUUAUAGGUUUUGUAUUUUGACUUUGCCUGCCAAUGUCCCUGAGCUUAUUCACACAGGCGGUUCCAGCUUGGGUAUGUCAACAAGGAAUAUUAAUAAGGAUUACAUCCCUACUGAAAUUACAUUUUUCAAAGCAUCCCCCCAUACAGUUUUUGUUUUGUUGUUAAGUGUCACAGAGUAUUUUAAGCUGUGGCCGAGGAUUCGUUGACGCGUUUAGGUCAGGCGUGUGUCUAUUUGAUUGGGUGUUCUUCACUAGGCUUAGAUCAUGUAUAUAUCUUAAACAGAGUUAAGAUUUAUUUCAGCAGACAAAGUUUAUUACAUAUAAUGAAUAAAAUUUAUUAUAUCUAGCCAUAAGGUGCUGGUCAUGCAAAUAGUUAUAAUAUAAACAUAAUCCAAGUGUGAAUAUAGUUUUAUCUCCUCAAUUACUAAAUUGCGUUGUCACGAAACUGAGCCCUUUAUAUUACGUAAAUCUUCUCUCUAACAAGAUUAAAUAAUUGGUAACUACUCUCCACAUUUCACUUCCUCUCCCUAAAAGCUCAGAGGUUUCUCGCGCCAUCCACAAAUUCAACCAACUGUCACAAUAUGUCACAAAUGAGGUUGUGACAUAAAGCAAUACGUGAAAUUCAAAUCAGUGACUAUUCAACGCCCAUUGACAUUCUUAAACUCAACAAUAAAAUCCGGCACUGAAAAAAAUCUCAAUGGAGAGUAUAAACUGGGAGGGGGUGGGUGUAAAGGAGCUCAAUUUAUUUUAGUCAGUGUCCUGGUCGCACUGGACACUCGUCUGUCGUAGAACAAAAUACAGCAGCUUUCUUUAUAAUCCCCCACCCAUUUGGACAUACACGAAAUUGAGGAAAUAAACUAAACACUUUUGAAAGUUGUUUUUUUUCUGUGCACUAAAAAUGAUUAACCGGUUAGUUCGCUUAGUUUAUUUUUAUAACUAACUCGAAUGUAAAGAAACUUUAUUGCAACGUAUUGGCAUGAAUGCCAUAUGUUAUCAUAAAAACUCGUGACACCAUAUAGCAUAGGCAGUGACAUAGUUAUAAACCUUGUGCAGGAAAAACAAAAGCCUUAACGCAGAAUUUAGAAUAAAUCAAACACUUUAUUUACAAAUGAUUUUGUUAUUUAAAACAUUCAAUUAUACGGUUGCAAGAUUAAUUUCAAAACAAACAAAAUGGACUAAAUAAAUAAAUAAACAGUAAAUUAAAAUACAGUAUUUGGAUAUAAAAAAAAAAAGUUAACAUUCGUCAUAAGGAAGAUUGGAAGAUAAGGAAGUUUAUUAUUACACGGGGUAAUAAAUACAACUGUGGAGUCAUCAACUCAAGAAAUAUGUAUUUCUAGACACAUCAACAUUCAACGGUUACACAAAAGCGCCCAAAAAAGUUUAUUAUAAAGUAAACAACUAUAGAGUGAAGCAUACAAUAAAUGUAUGUAGGUGUGUGUGCGUGAGAGAGAGAGAGAGAGAGAGAAAGAGAGAGAAUGAGAUUAGAUAGAUAGAUAGAUAGAUAGAUAGAUAGAUAGAUAGAUAGAUAGAUAGAUAGAGAGAGAGAGAGAGAGAGAGAAAGAGAGUAUAUAGAUAGAUAGAUAGAUAGAUAGAUAGAUAGAUAGAUAGAUAGAUAGAUAGAGAGAGAGAGUAGAUAGAUAGAUAGAUAGAUAGAUAGAUAGAUAGAUAGAUAGAUAGGUGGGUCGAUGGAUAGAUGGAUGGAUACAGAAAGAGAGAGAUAGGGAGAGAGAGAGAGAGAAGUGUGUGUGUGUUAUCAAUGAGAUUGAAGCACUAAUAGUUUGCUCAAAAUUUUACCUAAGGCUUAGUUUACAUCUAGUGCUUAGUUUACUUCUAGUGCUUAGUUUACAUCUAGUGCUUAGUUUACAUCUAGUGCUAAGUUUACAUCUAGUGCUUAGUUUACAUCUAGUGCUAA